AUGAACGGGACAGAAGGUAUCAAUUUCUAUGUGCCGCUCUCCAAUAAAACAGGGCUGGUGCGGAGCCCCUUUGAGUACCCACAGUAUUACCUAGCCGAACCCUGGAAGUACCGCAUCGUGUGCUGCUACAUCUUCUUUCUCAUCUUCACCGGGCUCCCCAUCAAUCUCCUCACCCUCCUUGUCACUUUCAAGCACAAGAAGCUGCGGCAGCCACUCAACUACAUCCUGGUCAACCUGGCAGUGGCUGAUCUCUUCAUGGCUUGCUUUGGCUUCACUGUCACCUUCUACACGGCCUGGAACGGCUACUUUAUCUUCGGGCCCAUAGGCUGUGCCGUGGAGGGCUUCUUUGCCACACUGGGAGGUCAGGUUGCCCUGUGGUCGCUUGUCGUCCUGGCCAUAGAGCGUUAUAUCGUGGUGUGUAAGCCCAUGGGCAACUUCCGCUUCUCUGCCACCCAUGCCUUGAUGGGCAUCAGUUUUACCUGGGCAAUGGCCUUUUCCUGCGCUGCUCCACCCCUAUUUGGCUGGUCCAGAUACAUUCCCGAGGGCAUGCAGUGCUCUUGUGGCCCAGAUUACUACACCCUCAACCCCGACUACCACAACGAAUCCUACGUUGUCUACAUGUUCAUGGUCCACUUCAUCAUCCCGGUGGUGGUCAUCUUCUUCUCCUACGGGCGGCUCAUAUGCAAAGUCCGAGAGGCAGCCGCACAGCAGCAGGAGUCGGCGAGCACCCAGAAGGCGGAAAGGGAGGUGACCCGCAUGGUGAUCCUAAUGGUUCUGGGCUUUCUCAUGGCCUGGACGCCCUAUGCCUUGGUGGCGUUCUGGAUCUUCACCAACAAGGGGGCGGACUUCUCCGCUACUCUCAUGUCAGUGCCUGCCUUCUUCUCCAAGAGCUCCUCUCUCUACAACCCCGUCAUCUAUGUCCUCAUGAACAAACAGUUCCGUAACUGCAUGAUCACCACAAUCUGCUGCGGCAAGAACCCCUUUGGGGAUGAUGAUGUCUCCUCGACUGUAUCCCAGAGCAAGACUGAGGUAUCCUCCGUCUCCUCCAGUCAAGUGUCACCAGCAUAG